UGGUGAGACGGAUAACAUUUGACAUUAAAACUUUUUAGGGCGGGAUAUAUGCUCGAAAAUAUACGCGGUGAGGGAUAGAGCCGAAAAGGGUUUUCGCCGCCCAAGUCCUCAGGCGUUACCAGGUCGCGCUUUCACUUUGCUCCUCGCUCUGCUAGCGGAACAAGGGCGGAGGAGAGGAUGAGCGGUGCCGGAAGCGGAGGCAGCAGGGGAAACGGCCCGUCGUUAGCGAUCACGAUUCCGUCCGGGUCGAGGAAGCUGGUGCAUAGUCUCAAAGAGAUCGUGAACUGCUCGGAGGCGGAGAUCUACGCCAUGCUCUGCGAGUGCGACAUGGAUCCUGAUGAGGCUGUCAACCGACUCCUCUCGCAAGAUACUUUUCAUGAAGUGAAGAAUAAGCGCGAUAAGAAAAAGGAGACCAGAGAAUUUCCAGAAACAAAGUCUCGAACAGGGAACAACAUCUCAGGAAGAGGAGCUAGGGGGAGCACAGACCGUGGCAGUCGUAAUACUUCUUCCCAAUCUAGUUCUAUUGAACAUGGCAUUGGCAAGGGUAAAGUCACAUACAGGAAAGAAAAUGGUGCUAAUACUGUUCCAGUGUCACCUGUUUUGGAAUAUUCCACAGUACCAACUAAUCCUCCUCAAACACAAACAAUCGCAAGCAAUCUGUCUUCUUUUGGAAAUACAACACAACCAGCAAGUGUUGCUGAAGGCAUUUCUAUGCCAAUGCAAUCCUUAUCUGGUUUCCAUAACAGCUGGUUAGGCAAGCAGGGACAGAUGUCCAUGGCUGAUAUUGUUAAAAUGGGUAGACCUCAAGCUAGACCUAGCAUACCCGCCAUGGAAACUGAAAGGUCUGACUUGACAAAAAAUGCAACGAUGUCAAAUGUAUCAAACCAGGGUUUCAAGGAAUCCUCAAUCGAAGUCUUUCAAACAGAUUCAGAAGAAAUUUCAGAAUCAUUUCAGGAAUCUGAUCAUGUUUAUGAGCAUGGAGUUGAUGACAUGAUUGCUGAAAAUUGGCAUAUCUCUCAAGAUGGAUGGUUUGAGCAACCUAUGGAAAGUGCAUCAACCACAACUGGAAUAUCUGGCGUCAGUGCUUUUUAUGAAAACACUUCAGAUUUGUCAUCAUCUGCAAUGGUUAACAGACCUAACUACCAUAUAGAUUCUCACUUGGAAGGCAUUCAUCUGGAGGAAAAACUUAAUAUUAAAACAUUGCCAGCUAAAUGCAGAUCCACAUCUGCCUCUAGCAUGCACUUUAUGGUGGGUUCUUCAGUAGAUGCUCCGCAUUUAGAUGAGGGUACAGUGGGAAAUACAAAUUCCCACCUAUCACAAAGGCAUGAGCUAGAUCAUUGUGAAGAUGGCAGGAUUGAAAUUUCAUCAGCUGCUGCAAAUUUGGGCCAGCUAAGUUUGCAAGAGGAAACAAGUCCUAUUGAACCCAAUCCUGCAGUGAUAAUUCCUGAGCAUUUAAGGGUUACAAAUUCAGAAUGCACACGUUUGAGCUUUGGCAGUUUUGUUUCCGGUGCAUUUUGUGGAUCUUUAAAGUUGGACCCACUAAAAAGCAACUCUGAAAUGUCGCCAGUUUUGAAUGAUGCUCCAAGAGUUGAUGGUCCUUAUGUGAGAAAUCAUGACCACCAUGAUGUGCAACUCAAGACCACUCUGUCUGAGAACUUAGCUUCCGUAUCUACAUCUGGCCCAGAGAACCUUAUCAUGCCCUUAGUUUCACAAGCUGAAAUAAUGAGGAAAGACCCAUUGGAUGACGAACAUGGACUUCACUACACCCAUCCAUCUGCUUCUAAUUAUGAAUCUUCAACCUCUAUGGAACCAAAUACUGCAGCUUAUGCUUUCUCACAUGGAAAUGCACAAAUGCAAAGUCUUUCAGCUUUAUCAAGUUUGAUGCAGACAAGUGAUCUACAAAAUAGAAUAUUACCGGCGAGCGUUCCUCCUAUUUGGGAGUUCGAUCUUCCUUUGUCUACAUUGUUGACCACCCAGUCAAUGCCUAUGAGGUAUAGCACAACAAUAUCAUCUGAUAGUGGGCCAAGCGUAUCCAUGCCUCAGGCUUUGAACCCAGGAGUGUUUUCAAAUCAUCAUUCUACUCUGCAAUCCUUGCCAAGCACCACUAUGCUUGCAAGUCCUGCAUUUCAACACCUUCCUCUCCACCAUUACUCUCAGCCAUCUCUUCCAAUAGGCCAAUUUUCCAAUAUGAUAAGGUACCCUUUCCUUCCCCAAAACUAUUACCUGCCUUCUUACCAACAAACAUAUGCUGCAAACAGUCCGUUCCACCAAACAACUCUGGUUCCUGCUGCGAAUACCAAAUAUCCACAGCUUCAAUAUAGAAGUAGCUUGCCUCUGACAAGCUUACCACAGGCUUAUACCAAUUCCACUUCUUAUGGAGAGUUUGGAAACUCGUCAACCCUUCCAGGGAGCUUCACCCUUAACCACACAUCUCCAUCUUCUUCAACAAUUGGGUUUGAUGAAGCUUUGAGAUUGCAUUACAAAGAAGGUUACACGUCCAGUCAGCAGAUUGAGAACCCUGCGAUGCGGAUUCAGGGUGCUGGUUCUGCUCUUCCAGCCAGCAACUACUAUGAUUAUCAAAGUCAGAAUCAGAUCCCAGGAGUUCAUCAAAAUCAACUGGCCAUGCUCGGAGCUUUGGGGUACCAAGACAUGCACCAUACACAGGGUGGCUCCUCAAGCCAACCUAACCAUAGGGAAGGGAAUUUGAAUGACUCUCAGUCCAUGCAAUCACAGUCGACAAACCAUAUCUGGCAACGUGGUUACUAAGCCCUUGCUGAUGACUCCGCCUUUUUUAUGGGUCCUUUAAAGAUUGUGUGUGUGAGUUUGAUCAGAUGUAUACGCCAUUUGAUGCUUUCUAAACUGACCAGAAGGACUCAACUGGUUGGCGGUUGCUAAUUUCAUUUGACAGUUUUUCGAGUGUGCCUUGCUUUUAGCAAUUAACGUGAAUUCUUGUAGACUAAUCUUGUUUGAAGAAAACAUUUACAACUUACUUUCA